AUGCGCACCGCAGCAAGAGGAAUUACUUUUUCCAUAAAUUUCAAGAUCCUUGUGAUAUAUUUACGCAUAAAUGCGUUUUUCAUUCAUUCUGAAUCUCGUCCAGACAUUCCUUAUUCCCCUCUGCAAAUGCAUCUUAGACCGAACCGGUCCAGCACAAUUACCAGUGGUUAUGCAAAAAGAAUGUUACAUAGGAACACUUGGGCCGAUUUUUGGUGUCCAAGUGGUCUCAAACCUGCUAUCAAGAGCAAUAGUUUUCUUCAAAUAAGUUCCAUUGCAUUUAGCUUUCUGGAAUAUGUUAAUGCAUUUGGAAAUGCAAUUUGCUUAUUUGUCCCCUGUCAAGUGAGUGCCAGCUGUGAUGUUUUGUUGCAUUUCUAUGGCAAAUUUACUCAUAAUCCAUCUCCUUAUCCACUUGACGACCUGAUUGAUAUUUAA